AUGCGCUUUCUUAGCAUCAAUACCAUAUUCGCCAUUACCUUCCUGGGAAUCGCAUCGUCUACUCUCGCACAUCCAACAUUUGCAAAUACGCCAUUGCACCAUGCUGCCUUUCCCGCAUCCAAGCCCAUCGAUCAAUCUGUUUCUGCAUCUCAUACUCGAUCUUCUCCUUCCUCCUCCAUCUCCACGCAAUUCCAAUUAGCGCACAAUCAGCCAACAAUAUCUUUACGCCUCUUCCAUUCUCUGGAAGAAUUAGCCCGUCUAGUCGAUAUAUCCUACUGUAUUGGUACAAGCGGUAUUUCGAAACCUUUUCAAUGCGCUAGUCGCUGCGAUGAGUUUCCUGGGUACGAGUUGGUAGAUACGUUUAAUACAGGGGUGGUGAAAAGUGAUAGUUCUGGAUAUAUUGUACUAGAUCAUGGAUUGCAGAGUGGAGGGGAUGGGAGGGGAGGUAGGAUUAUUGUCGCCUUUAGGGGUACUUAUUCUAUUGCGAAUACGAUUGCGGAUUUGAGUACCGUGCCGCAGGAAUAUAUACCAUAUCCUGAGGAUCCUGAUGACCAGGGUGCUUCUGGUGCUACUUCUGAAACAAGUGUUGUACAGCGGCUCUUCGGUCGAAUUCGUCGACCUUGGCGCUUUAGGUGGCAACAUGCAUUAAAGUCAAUGACAACAAAACAAAAUUUGCGAAAAUUGGAGAGAAAGUGUACAAAUUGUACGGUUCAUACAGGAUUCUAUACAUCAUGGCUUAAUACACGUCCGUAUAUCCUACCGCAUCUUAAUGUCUUGAAACAGAAAUAUCCAGAAUAUCAAUUGCAUCUUGUAGGACAUUCUCUCGGGGGAGCAGUUGCCGCUCUUGCAGGACUAGAACUCGAAGGGAAUGGAUGGAGAACGAUGGUUACAACUUUUGGAGAGCCAAUGAUUGGAAAUGAUGGGUUAAUGGAAUUUAUCGAUGGAGUUUUUGAAUUGGAUGAGAGAGAUCACGAUGGCAUGGAUAGAAGAUAUAGAAAGGUAACACAUGUAGGAGAUCCAGUACCGUUACUUCCUCUAAAAGAGUGGGGUUAUAGAACUCAUGCCGGAGAGAUAUACAUCGGGAAGGAAAAUUUACAACCUGAAGUUCAAGAUAUUCAUCUUUGCUACGGUGAUGAGGAUAAAGAUUGUAUUACUGGAAGUGACGGAGACAAUUUGUGGUUUCAGGGGGAAGAUAUAUCAUCUAUAAUCCCAGUGAACUUUCUCGACGAAAUACGAAAUUCAAAAUGGGGUACUAUCGAAGAAACAGAAGCUAAGACAGAAGAAAAAAAUGAAGAUAUGCAUUUGAAGAAAAUUCAAAAAAGAUGGCUAAAUCUUCCUGUUCCGACGAGAUACAAACUCUGGCAGCUGUUCUUUGCUCAUAGGGAUUAUUUUUGGAGGUUGGGUGUUUGUUUGCCUGGGGGUGAUCCGUUGGAUUGGAGGAGACCGGGGUAUAAUUUUACGGGGAUGGAGACGAAGGGGGAUAGGGAGAGGGAUGGGGAUGGGGAUAUGGAGGAGCUUUGA